AGCUUUCCGCGCCCCAGGGGCGGGGCCGGAGGAAGAGGACGCAGAGCUUCGCUUUUGAGCACCCAAUCACCAAUGACUUUCUGCCUGUUCCCCCCACCCCCGCCAGGUUGGGAGGACCCAAUCAACGUCGAGAGUGUAGGCCCAACUAUCUCGGGUAUUGCAACUUGAGCUGCUCGCUGGCUCUGGUCUAAAUGCGCCGGCGUCUUUAGGGCCUAAGGCUGGGUUCCAACCUGGCUUCCUGAGAUGUCGGUGGCCUUCGUACCCGACUCGUUGAGAGGCAAGGCGGAAGUCAAUCAGGAGACUAUCCAGCGGCUCUUAGAGGAGAAUGACCAGCUGAUCCGCUGUAUCGUGGAAUAUCAGAACAAAGGCCGGGCUAAUGAGUGCGUCCAGUACCAGCAUGUGUUACACAGAAAUCUCAUUUAUUUGGCUACCAUCGCAGAUGCCAACCCAACCAGUGUUUCAAAAGCAAUGGAAUAAUCUUCCAGUUGAUUGCUCUGAGGAGUAAUUGAAUGUAACCUAUUUCCUGUGACAUAGAAACAGGAUGUUUACCAACUCAACUGCUUAGAACAUGAAUGGAACUUCAGUGGCUCUUUUAAAAAUGUGAAAAUGUGAAGAAAGCUACUAAGUUAACCAUGUUCUCAAUGUAAAUAUUUAUUUUAAUAAUUGGAUUCCCUCAAUUAAGUUGACUCCAGGUGUCCUCCUUCCUGAAAUAGGCAUGUUUGGAUAACAAAGACAUUACAGGCAUCUUCAAGUCUGCCUUUUUAGUUUCAGCCUGAAGAGGAGACUGAACAGGUGUUGGGCAAUUAGCAGACUCCCCCAACUGAGACCCUGUCACAUGGCCAAGUAACUAUGUGCUCCCUCCUUCCAGUGUGUGGUUGUAGACCCCCUGGCUGCUCUUUACAGGUCGUUUUGAAAUAAAAACCCUUGGAGUUCCCAUCGUGGCUCAGUGGUUAACGAAUCCGACUAGGAACCAUGAGGUUGCGGGUUGGAUUCCUGGCCUUGCUCAAUGGGUUGAGGAUCCGGUGUUGCCAUGACCUGUGGUGUAGGUUGCAGACGCGGCUCGGAUCCCACGUUGCUGUUGCUCUGGCGUAGGCCAGCAGCUACAGCUCCGAUUCAACCCCUAGCCUGGGAACCUCCAUAUGCCGAGAAAUGGCAAAAAGACCAAAAAAAAAAAAAAAAAGAAAUAAAAAAUAAAAACCCUUGGAGAAGCUAGAUACAGAAAAACAAGCUAGCUGUUUAUGUUAGGUCCACUUUUAAAACAAAAAGCUCCCAAACUUUCCUAAGGUAUACUUUUCUAGCUACCCUUUGGCCUAUGUCUAGCCCCUGGAUCCUUGAUGAUUGUUCUUUUUGAUCCAUUCAGGAUUUUUAAAUGAAUAAAUAGGAAAAGAAAAAAGAAAAAAAAAA